AUGUUGUUUCUCUCAACACGGGUCAGGCCCGUCGCGGGGCUUUGCACUGCUCACUCCAAACGUCUAUUCUCAUCGUCGUCUCCGUUGAAGGUCGAAUUGGCAUAUCAAUUGAUUGAGCCGUCGGCGCAAGACAAGAAGCGCAGCGGACAGCCCAUUGUGUUUAUGCAUGGGUUUAUGGGGAAUAAGAUGAAUAAUAGGAGUAUCAGCAAAGCGCUGGCACGAGAUUUGAAUCGGGAUAUUUACAUUGUGGACCUCCGAAAUCAUGGCGACUCCCCGCACGCACCAGAACACACAUACACCCACCUCGCCGAAGACGUAUCCGACUUCAUCAAGCAACACCGCCUGGGAAAGGCUGCCCUGAUAGGACACUCAAUGGGUGCCAAAGCCGCCAUGGUCCUUGCUCUGCAAUCGCCCGAGACAGCCACCGCGUUGAUUCCCGUCGAUAAUGCGCCUGUUUCCGCCAUGCUAGGUUCUCCGUUCAAUGACUAUGUUAAGGGCAUGAAGGAGAUUUCCGAAGCCCGUGUGACGAAGCAGAGUGAAGCUGAUAAGAUACUGGCCAAAUACGAACCUUCCGUCGCAAUCCGCCAAUUCCUCCUAACAAAUCUAAUCCGCGACCCCGACAACAACAACAAAACCCUCAAGUUCCGUGUUCCACUAGACACUCUAGGUUCCAAUCUCGGCGAAAUGGCCGAUUUCCCUUGGAAAUUCGACCGCGAAAACGCCGCCAACAACGCAGAUUUACCCACAUACACCGGUCCCACGCUGAUUGUUCGUGGGCUGCAAUCCAAGUACGUCGGUGAGAAGAGAGUACCCGCCGUGAAGCAUUUCUUCCCCAAUGCUGAGAUCGUGGGUAUUGAUGCGGGUCAUUGGGUGAUUUCGGAGAAGCCGGAGGAGUUUAGGCAGGCGGUGAUUAAGUUCUUCCGUGAGAAUGAUAUUGAGUGA